AUGGGUCGGUUGCAAAAGAUUUUCAUUCCCUUUUUGGGAUUGGUUUUGGCCUUCUGGUUUUAUUCUGCGAGGGAGACUUUCAAACCUGAGAUGCUGAAAGGGAAGCGGGUGAUCGUCACCGGAGCAAGCACUGGAAUUGGAGAGCAGAUGGCGUAUCACCUGGCGCGGAUGGGAUCCCACAUUUUGAUCACAGCACGGACAGAGGCCAAGCUACAGAAAGUGGUGGAGCGGUGCCUGGAGCUGGGAGCAGCCUCCGCGCGGUACGUCAGUGGCACCAUGGAGGACAUGGCCUUCGCCGAGCACGUGGUGAAGGAGGCAGAGACCUUGCUGGGAGGCCUAGACAUGCUGAUUCUUAAUCACGUCGGCACGUCGUACUUCGGUUAUUUCAAUGGGGACGUCGAUCACGUGCGAAAGCUUCUGGAGAUCAACUUCCUCAGCUACGUGGCAAUGACCACAUCUGCCCUGCCCAUGCUGAAGGAGAGCGAGGGCAGCAUCGUAGUGGUUUCAUCCAUGGCAGGUAAAGUCGGGUUUCCCCUUACGGUCCCCUACUCUGCAACUAAGUUUGCCCUGGAUGGAUUUUUCAGCUCCCUGAGGCAGGAAUUCACCAUUCAAAGCAUUAAUGUUUCCAUCACGCUCUGCAUCCUGGGCUUCAUCGAUACUGACAUCCCUAUGAACCUGUACCACAGUGACCGCCGCUGA